UGGCAAAAUUCUGAGACAGAAAAAUUGUGAACCAGUGAACAGAAAGAAGACAAAAGAUCACAAGCAAAAAUCUGCCAGAAAAGGACCUUACAAAAUCUAGAAGAAAAAAUGGAUCCCAGUAAGUCUUCAAAUGUGCCUCCAUUCAACUGGAAUUUGUCAGAGAAGCAGCCCGCACCACCAUCAUACCAGGAGGUCAACCAAGGAUACCCUAACCCUGCAUAUCCUCUACCAGCGGGUUAUCCGAGCCCUUCUGGAAAUCCUGCCCAACAAUACGGAGCUCCUGUCCAGCAAGGACCUCCAGGUGGCCAGCCAUACGUACAGACCCCUUAUCCAGGACAGCCUCCGAUCACUGUUCAGCCGACUGUUUAUGUGGUCCCCACUCCUCUGGCCUAUCCACUGCCAGAUUACCUGUGUUACUCCAUUUUUACCAUGCUCUGCUGUUGUUUACCUCUGGGCAUUGCUGCUCUGGUUUACUCCAUCUCUACUCGAAAUGCAAACAUAUCUGGACAUCAACAAAUUGCAGAGAAAAACUCCAGAAUGGCGCGCAUCCUUAACCACACUGCUCUUGGUAUUGGCAUCACCUGCACUGUGUUGUACAUCAUCUGCAUCGUCGUUAGCGAAAAUGAUUCACCUUAGAGGGCCACAGUGAGAGAUUUCCAAAUAUUAACACCACAUACAAUGUUACAAAUAUUAAGUUAUAUACACAUUUGCUAUUCUGCCUUUAAAUUUGUUAUGUAUACAGCCUUUUUUACGCUUAACAUUAAGUGGCUCAGUUGAUGGGGGAUUAAAGGGACAAUAAGUAGGAUUUUCCCCCAUCUAGUGGUGAAAUUGCAUUUUGCAUUCAAACGAACAGUGCUCUCUAGCGCCUCGCUUUUCCAAAUGCGUGUUGCAACUACGGUAGCCGUUAUGUAAUCACUGAUCUCCUUGUCUGUUUCAGCUAGUUCACGUGUUCUGAACGAAAACAUGUUGUGGAAACGCGUUGGUAGGCUAGUGCUUUUUGUCCCUCUUUGCUAUUAUAGUUUAUCAAUAUGGCGAAACGACGUGGAAGCCUCCUUGGACUUACCCGUUCAAUGUAAAUAAAGAGAAGAAAUUCUAAGCUUACAAAGAAAAGUCAGAUCAUUGGCAGAGGUCAUUUGACACCAACGAGGACAUUUAUGAAUAAAGACAUUGAUUUUGACUAAUAAAAUCCUACUUAUUGUCCCUUCAAGGAAUGAUUCAGCAUGUUUAUUCAGACUGACCAGCUCAUGUCCAGCCUUUUAUUAUCCACUGAAUUAAAACAAAUGCGAAUUAAAACAAAUGCUUUGAAUGUUUCUUGUAUUUUAACAGAAUAUAAGCUUUGUGUUAAAAGUAUCAUAACAGAGACAUUUGUUGUUUUAAAAUACAUAUUGUAUUAAAACUUUAGGUGGCCAAAAUGUAAAUACAUUUACCAUUCACAGUACAUUCUCACUGAAUAUAACCACAUAGCUGGUUUAUUUUAUAGUCUCCUGUUAUACUAUCCUGUCCCAAAAAUAUUAUUCUGUAGAUAAAUUAAUUUAUCCUAAUUCAUGUAUUUUAAAGAAAAUAAAGAUACAGUAAUUGUCAUGUGUUUUUCUGUUUUGUAAGUGUCAACCGAAAAAUUACAAACCUAAUAUUUACCAAUGCAUUUAAUAUUAAAUAAAUAAGUAAUAUUCUUCGUAAGAAAAUCAUAUGUGUUUAAAACAACAAAAGUGCAAGUCAUUGAUGACUUCAUUAUCAUUUUUGGGCGUACUGUGUUUUUAAAUGUUGACCUCACAAGGCCCUUACGAAACAAAAAAUAUAUUGCAGUAUAUUGAAAAAUAUCAUGUAAUAUAUUAGGCAACAUAUUCCCAUAUAUGGGAUUUUUAUAUUUAUAUUUUCCAAUAUAUUGAAAUAUAUGCAUAAAACAUACAUGUAUAUAUGAUACAAAAUAUAUUACAUUCAAGAACAAAAAGGGCACUAUAUUUUUUACAUGUAAUAGUUUAUCUUUAUAUGCUUUGAUAUAUUGCAAUAUAUGCCAAGACCAUACAUGUAUAUAUGAUACAAAAUAUAAUGCAAUCAAGAACAAAAAGGGCACUAUAUUUUUUACAUGUAAUAGUUUGUCCUUAUAUGCUUAAAUAUAUUGCUAUAUAUAGAGAGAUUCAGGCGCAAAGUUUCUUGAAAGUUUGUUUAUUAUUUAUUUAUUCAUUAUUGUCUGUGCAUUUUGUUUAUAGAUAUUGUCUUUAUAUUGUAUAAAGGCACUGCUGAAAGUUUGAAAUGGACAUUGAUAAUUUAAGUUGCGUUAUAUUUUGUAUAUUUUUUGUUUAAUGGCACUCUUUUAAAAUGUAGUUUAUGUAAAUGCAAUGCAACACAUUUAUGUAAUGUAAUGUAACGCCAAUCACAUUUUCUUUGACUGACCAUAUGCAAAACCUCUUGUGGUUUUAAUAGGCCUAUAUAACUCUGUACCUCAAAUUGGGUUUAGUAUUUGUGCCUGAUUAAAAGAAAAUAAAGGUGGCUUUUGAUAGAUUACCCAUCACUCUGUCUUAAUAUGUGGUGUAAAUGUUUGUAUAUUGCAGGUUGCAUAUUUAAAGCUCCACUGUGUACUUCUUUUAGUUAAUUCUUAGCAAAAACCCAUGUUUUCUUUCAAAAGUAUGUGCUCAUUCAUGUGUAAUUACUUCCACCCCACUAAUCAAAGUAUUCUCGUAAGUGUAGAAUCUGCUAUUUAAAAUACAUACCGCCAUAUCGCUCUCUGGCUGAAUCCAUUGCUGAGUCCCAAUUCGCAUACUAUCCGUCCUAAAUAGUAUUCGAAACUAGAAUUAGUACGUCCCAAAACGUAGUAUGUUGAAAUGAGUAUCCCAAAGAUACCCGGAUGGUCUACUAUUUCCGGUUAGAUUUCGAAGUGCAGAUCGAUCCACACUCUAACGGCUAAUAUUGCCCACAACCCAUUGCGUGCGGGAGGGAGGAGCUUUGUGGUGAUGUAAAUAUGGCAGCCAGACGCAGCAGCGGAGAUGCGCCCUCAGCUUUUAAGUGUAAGAAUUCAAAUGUUUAACCCUAAUUAAAGUUAUCUUUCAUUGUCUCGUAAUAUUCGGUUGAUGUUGUGAAAAUAAAGUACCAUGGCUGUA